UUGUAUAGAUAUUAUGUCUUACGUUUUUUUUUUUUUUUUUUGGAAUAUUGGGUUUCAAUUGAAUUGUCCACAUCUUCUUCUUGUUCUAAUUAUUAUUGUGAUUUGUUGCAGAGAAAAUAUUAGAGUUAAAAUGCAGAGGGUGUUGGCAGGGAGCUUACGGUGGGCUUCACAAAUCCACUUACCUUCUUUCUCCUCUUCUCUUUUCUUCGAUAACACCCAAACCCAACUACAACAGUAUCACCAUUUUCACUCUGCUAAAGAUUUUGAACCUCAGUCAUGGAACUCAAUGGAGGGCUUAGUUCAAUGCUCUGCAAAUCAUGUUCCUCUAUCCCCCAUUGGUUUUUUGGAGAGAUCUUCUAAAGCUUAUAGAGACAACACAUCUCUUAUCUAUGGCUCUAUCACAUACACUUGGCUCCAAACUUAUCAACGUUGUCUUAAGCUUGCUUCUUCUCUCACUCAAUUGGGAAUUUCACCAGGAGAUGUGGUGGCUACUUUUUCUUACAACCUACCAGAAAUCUAUGAGCUUCAUUUUGCUGUCCCAAUGGCGGGUGGGAUUCUCUGUACACUCAAUGCUCGACAUGACUCGGCCAUGGUGUCAACCCUGCUAGCACACUCAGAAGCCAAACUCAUCUUUGUGGAACCCCAGUUACUAGAAACUGCUCUAGGAGCACUUGAUCUUCUUGCACAAAAGGACAUAAAGCCUCCAAUUUUGGUGUUACUAACCGAUUUUGAAAGCUUCACUUCAAGCUCAUACCAUAACUAUAAUAAUUUGUUGGAAAAUGGGAGUUAUGACUUUGAAGUAAGACGGCCUAAGAGUGAAUGGGAUCCCAUCAGCAUAAACUACACUUCAGGCACAACUGCAGCCCCCAAAGCUGUCGUUUACACUCACCGCGGGGCCUAUCUGAACUCUAUAGCCACAGUUUUGCUUCACGGGAUGGGGACAAGGCCUGUUUAUCUAUGGUCAGUGCCCAUGUUUCAUUGCAAUGGCUGGUGUCUACCAUGGGGGGCUGCAGCUCAAGGCGCUACCAACAUAUGCAUACGAAAAGUCUUUCCCAAAGCUAUUUUUGAUAACAUACAUUUGCAUAAGGUGACACACUUUGGUGCUGCACCAACUGUCUUGAACAUGAUUGUGAACUCACCUAAAGACAACAUCCACCUCCCGCUUCCCCACAUGGUAGAAAUCAUGACAGGAGGUUCACCACCGCCACCCCAAGUCAUGGCGAGGAUGGAAGAGAUGGGGUUUCGAGUGAAUCACAUUUAUGGCCUCACAGAGACUUAUGGCCCUGCUACUAAUUGUGUAUGCAAACCAGAAUGGGAUGCAUUGCCACCAGAGGAACGAUAUGCAUUGAAAGCUCGACAAGGGUUGAACCAUCUUGCGAUGGAGGAGAUGGAUGUGAAAGAUUCGGUGACUAUGGAAAGUGUUAAGGCCGAUGGCAAAACUAUUGGUGAGGUUAUGUUCAGGGGAAACACUGUGAUGAGUGGCUACUUUAAGGACUUGAAGGCGACUGAGGAGGCUUUCGAGGGAGGAUGGUUUCGUAGUGGGGAUGUUGGUGUGAAACAUGAGGAUGGUUAUAUUCAACUUAAGGAUAGAAAGAAAGAUGUGGUGAUAUCAGGAGGGGAGAAUGUGAGUACAGUUGAGGUUGAGACUGUGUUGUAUAGCCAUGAAGCAGUGCUCGAGGCUGCUGUAGUGGCGCGCCCAGAUAAGCUUUGGGGGGAAACACCUUGUGCUUUUGUGACACUUAAGGAAGGAUUUGAUAACAACAAUGUCAGUGUUGAUCAUAUCAUCAAAUUCUGUAGGGAUCGUUUGCCUCAUUACAUGGCUCCCAAGACAGUAGUAUUUGAAGAUUUACCAAAGACUUCAACUGGAAAGAUACAAAAAUAUAUUCUAAAGGAAAAGGCAAGAGCCAUGGGAAGCCUUUCUUAAACUUGUAGAUACAAAAAGUCAGGGCAAUACCCUUUUGCUGUAAAAAGAUGGUGAACAUUUUGUUAUCAUGAAAUAACUAUCUUCACCCAUGUACUUUUAUUUUCAGGCCUAUGGUGAAUCAGUACAGUAACCCAUGUGUUAAUAAAGUGUUACAAAGAAGUAAAGGUUUGAAAAAACAAUAGACUUUCAUAAUUUCCAUAAAUCACAAUUUUUGUUCGUAUUUAUUGUAUUUGUUUUUUGAUUUCAGAUGUGUAAUGCGUUUUAUGAGUGUAUUAUUGUGAAUAUAUAUGAUUAAUGAAAAUAUUAUUGUGACAA